UAGUAACUUUUACAAAAUGUAUGAGAAUAGAUCACGGUUUAAGUCCUACAUUAACAAAUUAGCCGUUACAAAAGCAGAAGGCGAUGAAAAAGUUAUUCUUCUUAAUCUAAAAUACAGCAGUUACGAUACAUUACCAUCUCCGGCAUCACACAACUCCGUCUUCUAUUCACCACAACAUGAUCCUCGCAAUUCUGUUGGACUUCCGUUAUCUCCAGCAGGAUUAGGAGUGGUAGAUUCAUCGGUUUCAUCGCCUUCGACACCGUCGCGACAGCCUCCUCCAUAUCGAGCACCACCGCCACCUCCCAGUUCAGCAUCAAUGAAUUCGUUGGAUACAAUGUCUUUGGGAUCAACAACGUCCUUAAACGAUCUUCAAAAAACUCCCCAGCCUCCUCCUAGAGAAAAACGAAAGGAUUCGGAAAAUAGAAAUUUCCAGGAAGACGGGACGCCACAAAAGACAGAUGUAGAUGAUCCUAAUGUUGAGGAUAAAACCAUUAGCGUAAAAGAACGAACACAGAAAUUCAAUCGGUUGGCUUCGGUAGAUGAUGAGCUCAGUCCACGACCGCCAAAAUCUGCUGAGAAGAAGAGUAGGGGGGCAGACGAGGAUGAUGGCGUAUCUCUUACCCCGAUCGAUCCUAAGAAAUGUGUAGAAUGGUAUGUGACAGCGAGCAGAGGUGACUAUCAAGAAUUACUAAAGCUGGCGAAUACAGAACCUCGACUAGUUAAUAAAAAGGUAACUUUGACCUUAGAGAUGGUUUUGUUAGUAGCGUAA